UUUAUAUCGUGAACGUAGAAUCACAAACCCACAAUUUUGAUUUUAUUUGUAUUUUAGUGUAUAUUUAUAAUGAAAUUGAGCCCUGAUAUAAUUUCAAGGGGGUACCAUCUUUUAUGUCCCACAGGAGAUCGCACUUUAUCUUUGAGGGGUUUAAGAAUCUCCGUAAUUGCUAACCUCGGAACCACAAAUGACGAUUAUGAUUCUAUAGAUCUUUCAAACAAUGAUAUAAUAAAGUUAGAAAAUUUCCCGCUACUAACUAGGCUUAAAACUUUGAUUGUUGCCGGAAAUCGCAUUUCCAAAAUCGCUAAUGAUAUUUCAGAAUCCCUUCCAAACUUAACUUCUUUGGUUUUAACCAAUAAUUCCAUUACAAGCGUUUCACAACUUGAGCCACUCUUCAACUGUAUUCCACACAUUUUCUAAUAUAUUUUAGGUAAAAAAUUAGAAAGGCUAGCCGUACUCGACAACCACGUCGUUGCUGUUCCUCACUUCAGAGAGUACCUAAUUCACAAGAUUCCUUCACUAAAAUAUUUAAAUUUUACUAGGAUUAAUCAGAAGGAACGGGAGGAAUCCAACACUCUCUUUAAUUCUGACAAGAGAGACAAACUGUUGGCUGAAAUGGGAUACACACUAGAAAAUAACAAUAAUGAAGAUGAAUAAUUUAGUUUUGUAAAUUUAUUCUUUUAUACUAUCACGCUUGGAAAAUUGCCAGAUUGUAAAUUGUUUAGAUUAAAUCUUUUAAAGAUGAUUCA